GAAGAAGAAGCAGCAGCAGCGCUUAGUAAACACAAGGCAAAUGUGCCGGGGGAUUUAUAUACUUUAAUGUUUUUUCCGCAUUAUUUUUGGACUCUUUUGGAUUUCCACGAUGUCUCAUCCUGGCUCCGCCUCUACGACAUCACCUGGUAUAGAGCGCCCUCGUGUGGCAGGUCAGAGUAGUGCAGACGUGGAUGAUGAUUCACUCGUAAACGCCAAACAUGUGAGUAGUAACCGCGCCGAUGGCGAGAAGGAGCGAGUGUUAAAGGAGGUCGGACUCACCAGCAGCACUUUCAUCGGUCCGGUAUUUCCUCCACGAGCCGGCGCAGUCAAGUCUGACAUCGAGGACUCGCUGAGCGAGUUUUACAAAGAGCUGGAGCAGAUUGAUACGCCAGACGGUGCUAACGUGAACUCAGGGACACAACCCACUCCCACCAGCCAGCACACUCAGGACAUAAGCCAGGAGAAGUUUAAUUACGCAAGCAAAUCUGCAGAAAUGGACAAGUCCUGGACUAGCAAUGGCGGGAGGCACCCAUCAUGGCCACACUGGUACCAAAAUGGACCGUACCAACCCAGGAGACCAAGGCCAGGCGUGGACCAGGCAUCUGUUUCCUCUCACAACCAGAGGCAUUAUCCACAACCACCUAACAGACAGCCAAACCCAAGAUUACACCCACCACCGUUCCACCCCCACUACCCACCUCCACCUACAUUCCCACAACCACAACAUGUGAAUCCGAACAGGAGCAGCCCAGGAGUGACAAACCACUAUCAAGAGCAGUCUCAUUUCCAAAGACCUCCAAGGUGUCUACCUCCAAAUGUGUCCAGACCUCACACUCAGGGCUAUCACGGAGAAGACCAUCCGCAAAACUUUGACAGGCACGAAUGGGGUCGUAGCCACGGCGCGUUCUCUGAUCACGGAAAUACGGGACAGUAUCAGUUUGACGAGGAUUAUAACGGUUGUGAGAGAUUUGGUUCAGGGAAUGAACUCUGGGAGCAACAGCGUCACUGCAGACCUCCUGAAAUCACUCACAGCUCCUCCCUGGUCCUGAUCCUCAUGAGGGGUUUACCAGGAUCCGGCAAAUCAACACUGGCCAGGGAGCUGCUCUCCACUGGUCCCUGUGGCCUCAUACUCAGCACCGAUGACUACUUUGGCCUCGAGGACGGUUACAGAUAUGACCCGGGUCUCCUCGGAGCGGCACACGAGUGGAACCAGAGCCGAGCUAAAGAUGCCAUGAACGAUCAUCGCUCUCCAGUUAUUAUAGAUAAUACAAACAUCCAGGCCUGGGAAAUGAAGCCAUAUGUCCAAAUGGCUUUAGAGAAAGGAUACAGAGUGGAUUUUUGUGAACCUGACACCAGCUGGAAGUUGGAUCCUUUUGAGCUUGAGAAGCGGAACAAACACGGCGUUCGCCACGACAAGAUCGCGCUGAUGUCGGAGCGCUUCUCGUUUCCCGUGUCCAUCGACAUCGUCCUGAGUUCGCAGGAGCCGCGUCGCGUCGUUCAGAGACAGCGACCUGAGCAGCAGGAGGCGGCGGAGGCGACGAUGAUGAGGAGGAGGAACAGACCUCUUCAUUAGUUGUAAGUUAAAGGUCCAGAGUGUAAAGUGUGACCGGCUCGUGCUUUUACGUACCGCGGCGCUCCGUGUUUGUGCUCUAACCAAAGCGAGAACGUUCCAUUCCAGUCGCUGCGAUUUCACCUCCUGUUUCCGUUCCGUUACUGUUUGUUCCCUCUUUUGACUAAAACAAGCGUGCGCCACCGGAGUCUGGAUUAUUCCCAGGUCACGGGUGCAAAAACAAAAGUAAAAUCCCCAAAAA